AUGAGAACGCGCUUUCAAUACGCUGGGGUCAUGUUGUCGAAACCAUUAGCCGAAUAAGCGCAGUUAUUAAUCGAUAGAUCCUUCACCGUAUCGUUUCUGAAGAAUCCGUCCACAAAGCUGAUAUUUCGGAUACAGGAAGUGCUGUUUAUAUUUCAAUCACAGCAGGUUCGAAACAGUCCGUCUCGUUCGGAUGCUCAGAUAUCGACUUCACCAUGAACAAAAAUAAGCGUGAGAAAGAAUUCUACAGUGUAGAUGUCGGUGAUUCAACCUUCACGGUGUUGAAGCGGUAUCAGAAUCUAAGACCCAUUGGUUCGGGUGCUCAGGGAAUAGUCUGCUCAGCGUACGACCACAACCUCGAAAGAAAUGUGGCUAUAAAGAAACUUAGCCGUCCUUUUCAGAAUCAGACUCAUGCCAAACGUGCAUUUAGAGAACUGGUGCUCAUGAAAUGUGUCAACCAUAAAAAUAUUAUAGGCCUCUUAAAUGUUUUCACCCCACAAAAAACAUUAGAAGAAUUUCAAGAUGUUUACCUAGUAAUGGAGCUGAUGGACGCCAACCUCUGCCAAGUCAUUCAGAUGGAACUGGACCACGAGCGGCUGUCCUAUCUGCUGUACCAGAUGCUGUGCGGAAUCAAGCACCUCCACUCGGCCGGUAUCAUCCACAGGGAUCUAAAACCCAGUAACAUUGUGGUGAAGUCAGACUGUACCCUGAAGAUUUUGGAUUUUGGUCUGGCCAGGACAGCGGCCACUGGUUUGCUGAUGACACCAUAUGUGGUGACACGUUACUACAGAGCCCCAGAAGUCAUUCUGGGAAUGGGAUAUCAAGCCAAUGUGGAUGUAUGGUCUGUUGGCUGUAUCAUGGCCGAAAUGGUCAGAGGUAGUGUGUUGUUUCCAGGUACAGAUCAUAUUGAUCAGUGGAAUAAAGUUAUAGAGCAGCUCGGAACGCCAUCCCAGGACUUCUUGAUGAAACUCAACCAGUCUGUGCGGACCUACGUGGAAAACAGACCACGGUACACUGGAUACAGCUUUGAGAAACUGUUUCCAGACGUUCUGUUUCCUGCUGAUUCAGAACACAACAAACUGAAAGCGAGUCAGGCGCGAGAUUUGCUGUCUAAAAUGCUGGUGAUAGAUGCAUCCAAACGAAUCUCUGUAGAUGAAGCUUUGCAGCACCCAUACAUUAACGUAUGGUACGACCCGGCCGAAGUGGAAGCGCCACCUCCUUUGAUUAUAGACAAACAGCUGGAUGAGAGAGAUCACACUGUGGAGGAAUGGAAAGAUCUGAUCUAUAAAGAAGUGGUGGAAUGGGAAGAACGGCUGAAGAAUGGCGUCAUUCGAGGUCAGCCAUCUCCUCUAGCACAGGUGCAGCAGUGAUCAAUGGCUCACCCCAGCCCUCCUCCUCUUCCUCCAUCAAUGAUAUCUCCUCCAUGUCCACAGAACCCACUGUGACCUCAGACACGGAUAGCAGUCUGGAGGCCUCCGCUGGUCCUCUGAGCUGCUGCAGAUGACUAUCACCUUCACCUGGAGAUUCACUGUGUGUGGCAUGGUAUCAGAUUUAAGCCAGUUUAACUUUGGGUUGGAUAUGACGCUUUUGAGUUCAGUUUUUAGAUGCUGUAAAUGAUUACACGAUUUUAUCUUUUUAGCAACGUUUAAGGCAAAGCCCCUAACUGGCUUUAUUAAGAUUGUCUGAGCUCCAUAACAAAUCUCUUGUUUUAUAAGCUAUAGCUAGAGUAUUUUGUCAUGUCGUAGUGAUUUCAGAAGGUAGUCUGUUAAACGAAAUUGUGAAUAUAUUUUCUCAGAUUAAUUUAUUUUGCGUUUAAGUUUUUUCCUGCUCAUUGUAUUUUCUUAGUCACUUGGGACACUGAUAGUAUUUUAAAUUUAACAUAUUGCACAAAAUCAGCAUAUUAUUCCAGUACUGUUUGCCAUAGGUGGCUUUUUCUGGAUCUUUGUGCAAAGCACAUUUUAUUUAAAUAGUUUUUUAUUGAAUAUUAAUCAUAGUCAACAUCAUAAAAUUUAAUAUUUUUUAUUUUCUAUCAAUGGUUUUGCUGCUGGUUAAUUUUCUGAUGGACUGUGAAAAGUGGUGAACUUUUGUGUAUGUAUUCUGAUUUUGUAAUUGUUAAAGUUUAUCUAGGAUUUCAGCACCAUUUCCCAACAUUAAUUCAAAUUUAGACCUUUAAAAUCUGCAUACAGAACAAACAUUGAACAAAAAUACUGUGUAGUGAUUCUAUCAAUAUUCCAUUUGACAAUUUUUACCAUCCGAUUAUGAUGAGCAGGAUAUUACUGUGAUGUCGGAGGAGCUGACAGUACAAAUCUUUUGUUUUUAUUCGCUAGUGUGAACACCGUAAAAGUAUCUACAUGCAUUCAUUUCUAGCAUAUUCCAUUAGAGUCAUUUAAGCUACUGAUUAAUUUAUUUUUGUAAAACGGUAAAGUGAGCUGCAUUUGGAAAUCGUUUAUUUCCAGAUAGUUUUACUCUUAGUUUCUUUCCCCCCUUGAGGAUUAAUGGCACAUAAUGUGCUGUAAAUGAACGUGACCUACUGUAUUGGGGAUUGACAUACAGUAUGUGUGUGCAUUGUGAUUUUUAAUACUUUGGAGCUCUACACAAUAUUUGAUAUCAGAUGGAGAUUUAUCAGUGGUGUGAAUGAUCAAAAACGUUGAAAAGGCCUGAAGUUGUGGAUUAGAAGGUAGGAAUCUGAAUGUGGCCUGGCCCUUUGAUUUUAUUUACCUGUUCACAGGGUAAAAGUGAAAACAACUUAAAGGGAUAGUUCACCCAAAAAUGAAAUUUUUGUCGUCAUUUACUCACUCUCAUGUUGUUACAAACCUGUAUAAAUUUCUUUGUUCUGAUAAACACGAAAGAAGAUAUUUUGAGAAAUGUUUGUGACCAAACCGACCAGAAGCACUAGGAAUAAAGAGUACUAUGGAAGUGAAUGGGGCUUCUGAUUGGAUUUUUGGGUGAACUAUUCCUUAAAUAUUUUGCUAUUACUUAAUAUUGGUGGCUUUUUAUGUUGAAGUGCUCUUAAUCGUGUCAAUGACAUUAAGACCUCCAUAUUUGUCUGGGAAUCCUAAGUUACUGUACCUGCAAAAUGAGCAGAAGUUUCAGCCUGAUCUCACAGGAAUUUGUGCGUAAUUUACGAAUUGGCUAAUUUGUAUGAAAUGAAUCGUACAAAUAAGUAUAAAUAUUAAAAUAACAAAACAAUAUUGAAAGCAAAUCGUAAAAAAACUUAGAAAUGUGGUCGUACGAAUAAAUACGAAUUAGCCAAACUGAAACAAAACCGGUCCGUUUCAGAGUCGAGUCUGAACUACCUCAUGCUGAUGCCAUAAAGCCCACAUUUCACAAGUAUUACUGUAAUUUCUUUAGUUUUAUUUAUUUAUUCAGGAGAUGUGGUUGUCAGCUGACGUUAGGAAUAUUUAAGUGUUGUAUAGUUUGUAAGAGAGAAUCUGUAAGGAUGUACUGUAUGUAAGUGUGUUUACUUUAAACUGCGAGUGCUCUGGUUGCCAUUAGACUGUUGUUUUCCAGCUAAUGUUUUAUAGCUGAAAGACGACCCUUCUAAUUUCAGACUCGACUAUGUGAAAAUGUUUAAAAGGAUUCUGUCCAUGUUUUGCUUUUUCCACAACUAAGAUGCUCAAAUAAUACAAUGGAGAGAAUGGGCAGUAUCCUGCAUGAACUGCUUAGCAUUUCAUUUUCAGUCCAAAAAACUGUACAUGUACUAUAAGAUUAUGGUGCUGGGUUUAUUAGCCAGACACAGGUUUUUUUAUUAGGGUUAGUUGAUUACCACCUUACUAGAUUUCAAUGAAAUUCAACUGUGUUAACAUCAUAACAACUGGAGAAAUAAAAGAU